AUGGUGAAUUCAAACGCACUAGAUCUUAUCAGGGUUUAUGAGCAACGAAAAAAGAAUUUUAAGAAGAGACUUAUAGGCCAGCUCAACUACCUGGGGUUUGCAUCAAUUAUCAUACAAUACUUAAAGUUCGGCUCGUCAAUAUGGGUGCUACUUCUGAGGCUAUUUAUCCAAUCAUUGCUAUCUUCACCAUUUCCUUCAGAAUUUCAGAUGAGAAGGCUGGCCAUGUCAACGUACCACAGGCAGAUACCCGGCUUGCGAAAUUCAAAUAGCGCACAAUUAGGCAAUCCUACCGGUAUGAACGAGCUGUCAAUGCCCGGUGCUUUCGGCAGUAUUAAUUCUGGAGAGACAGCAAGCUCUGAAAGCACUGAGGAUAUGACUAAGAGACUGCGUACAAACAUUUCCUGGUUUCUUUUUCAUUGCUCUUUAAGCUUUAAUUGUUUGCUCAUACUCUUUUGCAUCAUCUGGCCUAAAAAUUUCAAAAGCAAGCUUGAGGAUUUCUCAUUUGGCCGCUCAGAUCUGCAAAAUACCCCUUCCCCCUUUAAUAACGAUAAUGGAUUGAUUGGCGGGGAAUUCAAAGGUAGUGUAUUUAUUCAACUUAUCGGGGAGCGGCUUCCGUCUAGCAAUUUUUGGGGGAACGUUCACUUGAUAAUGUUCGACUUUCUGAUACUUAUUUGUCAAUUUGGUCUUUUCUGCCUAACAUGCUUCGAAGAUGAGAUCACCCCAAAAGACGACCACAACGACGAGACAACAUCGGAUGCCGUUAACACGUCAAAGGCUGACGGCUACGGAGGUGAUGUGGUUGCCACAGUCAUACACCCUUCCGCGAUUGUCGAUACAAUAUUGAAUGGCGACAUAGAGGAAGAAGAGAUAUUACAACCGGGCACUCAAUCAAUGGUUUAG